CACAGCUGCCAUCGCUAUGUCCCUGCAACAAGCCCCUCCGUCGCGAGUGUUCGUGGAACUGGUUCCCUGGGCUGACCGGGGCCGAGAGAACUGCCUGAUCUCGGGCGGAGAGACGCUGCCUGGCCCCCGCCGUCCCCUACCCUCAGCCCAGUCCCAAAGUACGGUCCGCGAAGUACAUGUAAGUGGCACCGCGGAGGUAUCUGCUGUUCCUGACCGGGCCCAGAUAGCUAUACGAGUGAGCAGCACCAAGGAGGCAGCGGCCGAGGCCAAGAAGAGUGUUUGUCGCCGCCUGGACUACAUCUCGCAGAGCCUCCAGCAACAGGGCCUGCAGGAAGAAAAUGUAACAGUAACAAAGGAUUUUAGAAGAGUGGAAAAUGCUUAUCAUAUGGAAGCCGAGGUCUGCAUUACAUUUACUGAAUUUGGAAAAAUGCAAAAUAUUUGUAACUUUCUUGUUGAAAAACUAGAUAGUUCUGUUGUCAUCAGUCCACCCCAGUUCUAUCAUACACCAGGUUCUGUUGAGAAUCUUCGACGGAAAGCCUGUCUUGUUGCUGUUGAGAAUGCAUGGCGUAAAGCUCAAGAAGUCUGUAACCUUGUUGGCCAAACCAUAGGAAAACCUUUAUUAAUUAAAGAAGAAGCAGCAAAAGAAUGGGAAGGCCAAACAGAUGAUCACCAGUCGUCAAGACUCUCAAGCUCAUUAACUGUACAACAGAAAAUCAAAAGUGCAACACUACAUGCUGCUUCUAAAGUAUUUGUAACUUUUGAGGUAAAGGGGAAAGAGAAGAAAAAAAAGAAUCUCUGAAAUUCCAACCAAAAUAUAUUUUUGUUGUUUUUUUCUUAUCUAUUUUAUAUAUUUUAUAAUGUUCACUUUUAUC